AUGGAGGAACCUCCGGCUAAUAGCCGUGACAUGUAUGACAUUAUACUGGAGAACUUCGACGUAGAGUUUGAACCCGAAGAGGGGCCUACUAUCAAUGACAACGCUGCCAUUGAGGAGGGUAACUGGUACUCCUCGCGGGAUCAUUGCCUCUAUGCUUUGCUUGAUGCUGCGGUGACUCAUAAAUACGGUUUCUACAUGAAGUCUACCAGGAAGGCAUCGGCGCUAGCAUUGUGCAAGAGUCAGAAGCUUGGGUUGGACCCCCCUUGUCCAUGGCGGUGCAGCUACGCGCGUCUCCAGCGGAACGGACCGUGGCGAAUCGUGGAGCUGUCCGAUCCCGCAGAGCACACAUGCGACCGCCGCAUGCGGGCCCGGUGGUGGCCGGGUAUGGGACGUAAGAGGAAGUACCUUUGGCGGAAAUUCGGCAACUUCGUCCGUGCAGCGCCGUUUAACGCUCCUUGGGACUACGCCAAGCAGAUCCAGGCCUGCUAUGGCCCGAAGCUGAAGGUAGGCAUCACGGCGCAGCGAUUCGGCGACUGGUGCGAGUCUUUCCGCUACAUUCCGGCGGUGCAAGAGCGCAUUCGGCGGAUCGACAGCAGAGCAACCGUGGAGCUUCUGACGUACAACCACGAAUUUCUCCGCUUCUUCAUGGCGCCGAGUGCAACACGCGAAGCGCUGAAGACCUGCAGGCCUGUCAUCGCAAUGGACGGGACGUUCCUGAUCCGUGCUCAGAAGGCUACCCUGCUGUACGCCAACGCGAUGGACGGCAAUCAGCAGAUCAUCCUCAUCGCGUGGGCCCUCGUAGAGAGCGAAACCAAGGACACAUGGACGUGGUUUUGCCGUCUCUUUGACAAGCACUGCUCCGACUGGAAGGGACGGGACGCCGCGGCCAUCAUCAGUGACCGGGACAAAAAUCUCAUCCCGGCGGUGAAGGAAGUGUUCCCUGAGACUCCGCACUACUUUUGUGGGUGGCACAUGCAGCAGAACGUGAAGCGGUUCGGGAAGACCUCCUCGGACAUGUUGUGGUGGCUUUUGACAGCCCGGACAUUGGAGAAGUACAACGAGCUCAAGGUCGGUGCACGGAAAUCCCAUCCCCUGCUCACGACUUACCUCUACGGUCCGGCGCCUGUGGUCGACGCGCGGCUGAAGCACGGCGUCGUGCUCGCCAGGCACUGUCGCAGCGAAGCGGCCGCCGACAGAGAGAGCGGCGCAGGACGACCACCUCCGAAUCCGGAGCAUGCCGCUGGCCCCGGCCGUCCACAGCACCGUCGCCUGCUGCUGCGACCCGCCCCGCCGCUGCACAUGCAUCAUCCGCCACGCCAGGCCCGUCUGCAACGCCAGGGCCGUCCGCAGCGCCCCGCCCUUCCACAGCACCGUCGCCCGCUGCUGCGACCCGCCCAGCCGCGGCACAUGCAUCAUCCGCCACGCCAGGCCCGUCUGCAACGCCAGGGCCGUCCGCAGCGCCCCGCCCUUCCACAGCACCGUCGCCCGCUGCAGCGACCCGCCCAGCCGCCAGCACAUGCAUCAUCCGCCACGCCAGGCCCAUCUGCCGCGCCCGGGCCCUCAGCUGCGCCCCUUCCGUCCACAGCACCGUCGCCCGCUUCAGCGACACGCACAUCCGAGGCACAUGCAUCAUCCGAGUCGGCAAGCCCAUCGGCAGCACCAGGGCCGUCCGCAGCGCCCCCCCCAUACGCAGCACUGUCCCGCGCUUCUGCGACCCACCCUUCAGCUGCACCAGCAUCUUCCGCAUCGCCAUGUGGACCCGCAGACCCGAUGCCCACCGCAACCCCUCGCCCGGCCACUACUGAAGGACCAUCCACAACGCCGUCACCAACCACUCCGUACGACCCAUCUGAUGCAACAGCCCAUCUUGCCGGAACAACUACACCUUCUUCUUCCCAGCCGGCGCAACCUACACUGCGACGUUCUACACCGAUCGUGGUGCCGAGCGGAUGGCGAGGAACAGCUGCGUGCUUCAACUUUGGCAAGAUUGUUCUGAGAGCUGCGGUCCCGGGAGUCACCGCACCAACCCGAGAGCCACCUCCGACCGCGGCACCCGCCCGCCAGCCACCACCGACCGCGGCGCCCGCCCGCCAGCCACCACCGACCGCUGCACCCGCCCGCCAGCCACCACCGACCGCGGCAGCAACACGUGACACUCCUCCUACAACUGUGGACCCGGGACCCGCGGUUGGGAACACCAACGAGGCUAUUCCCAGCGUGGUAGAGGACGAGGCGACCGUCGUGGAAGAGGGCUCCCUGGAGGACGGUGAGGAUGGCGUCCGGGUCCGAACCGGCCUUCGCGGUGAUUACGCUGCACGCAGGAACAUAAUCUGGGUGUACGAGAAGCAAUAG